AUGGCUCGAAAUGCUGAGAAGGCAAUGACUGCGUUGGCCAGGUGGCGUCGUAUGAAAGAAGAGGAAGAGAAAGGGCCGGUGGCCAAAAGACCGAACGAUGUUAGCGAAUGUACAACGCUAAAGGAUGCGGAACGCUAUCGACGUCAAGUCACAAUGGAGAUAGCCAAGAAGAUUGCGUUGAUUCAGAAUCCUGGAUUGGGUGAAUUCAAGAUUCGUGACUUGAACGAUGAAAUCAACAAGUUGUUGAGGGUGAAGUAUGCUUGGGAGAUGCGUAUCAAGGAGUUGGAUGGCCCUGACUAUAGACGAGUGGCACCGAAAGAGUUGGAUCGGGACGGUCGCGAGGUGGCCGGCAAUCGAGGCUAUAAGUACUUUGGCGCUGCCAAAGACCUACCGGGUGUUCGCGAGCUGUUCGAGAAGGCCGAGGUGGACGCGAACCGAAAGAAUCGCGCUGAACUGAUCAAAUUCGUCGAUGCUGAUUACUACGGUUAUAUGGACGAUGACGAUGGCUUGUUGAUCCCACUGGAAGCGGAUGCUGAAGUGAAGGCACGAGAACAGGCCGAGAAGGAUUGGGAGACGAAUAAAUACGUUUGGCAAGCGAAAAAAGCAUAUGAAGAAGAUAUCGAUAUCUAUAAGGUUGAGGAUGAUUCGGAUGAAGAUUUGGAUACGAAGAAAUCGAUUUUGAUCGGUGACGAUGGCAAAGAAACGUUCGUUCAACACGUUGUGGUACCAUCCCAAAAGGAGAUCGAAGAGCUGAUUCUGCAAAGGAAAAAGGCGCAACUCUAUGAGAAAUUUGUUGCGUCGAAUUUAGGCGAUAUGAAUCCUGAAGAAGAGAGAAGUUAA